GCCCUCUCGUUUCAUGAGAGACGCUAUCACUUACAGUGCAGAGCCAGGGAAAUUCAGCCUCUCAUGUGUCACCGUGCUCGGAGUUUCUAUACUCAGUCUCUGUGGACUACUUCAUCCUAUCUUCCCAAAAGGAAACCCACAAACUGAGGCUGAUGUUUCACUGCAGAACUUUACCAGCAAGUUUGAAGUUUUAUUUCUUUGUUUUACUUCUUCAUCCUGUUUUCACACAAACAGAAAACAGAAAUGAAAUGUAUUUCUUGGAUAAGAGAGACAACAUUGAGUUGAAAGGACCAGACAAUCUUGGGAGUGGCACUGUUGUCUGGGAAUGGAUACCACACUCAGGGCAGCACACCCACCAGUUGAGGACUUUCAUCAGAGGCAACUCAGGCAGCUGGAAUGGACAUUGGAACAACGACUGGAAAGGCAGUGACUUGUAUCACGAACAAAGAUUGGAUUAUGAUAAUAUUAAUCUGAUAAUUAAAUGUUCCCAAUUUAAAUUUGCGGGGAUGUUCACUUUGACCCAAACACAACCAAUGAAGAAAAUCCUACACGAAUAUGAAAUAUUUGGAAUCAAAGUUGAGACGAGUUCACAGCGGCCUGUAAUGGGCAGUAACGUCACCCUCAGCUGUACCAUCUCCAGACUCCCAGAUACUGUUAGUCUCCACUGGAAACCAGUGGGCUCAUCCCAGCAGAACAGGAGAAACACUGAUCAGAUCCACCUGAAUAACACCGUCUAUCUGAUGGUCCGACACGUUACAGUGGAGGAUGGGAAGUUGUAUCAGUGUGAAGUGCGGGAAAACGGAAAUGUUGUUUUCACAAGCAAAGCAAAUUUUACUGUACACACAGAGGAUUACAGUUUUAAACACACUACUUUUGUAAUUACUAGUGGACUGGCCCUUCUCCUCAUCAUUAUCCUGGUGAUGGUGUUGUGUCUAAGAAAGCGCAAGCUUACAGGAACUAAUGAGAUGCGGGAGCCUGAGACCAGCCAUAUUGCUGAAUAUAUGUCUGUGAGCAGGAAGACAAUCCAAGAAGGCACACAGGAAAAUAUUCAUUAUGCAUCCAUCUGCUUUGAGAAAAAUGCACCAGAACCUGCCUUCCUCAAAUGAAAAUGUCUCAUCUGUUGUCUAUGCACAGAUACAAAAAAUCAUACGUGAAUAAUCUUCAAAGGAAGGACUUGGAGAGGAUAUGUAGAAAGUAGUAUAUUUUAAAAUCAUUUUUUAUAUUUUCGAUUUGUGAUGUACUUUCAUGAAUGUAUUUUCCCUGAGUUAACAUAAUUCAAAGAUUCAAUCUCAUCGUCACUUCUGAGUUACAAAUGAGAAUCGUAUCUCUGAAAACAAUUUCAACAUUUUGUUUCAGCUCCUACAGAUACGAUGUGAAAAAAAAUCCAGCUUCAUUACGCAAGAUAGCUUUAAUAGAGAGGGCAUGUUUGUUACCAAUACAACUAGUAUGAAUGGUGGGCAAGUUAUCUUGGUGCCAGGGACAUGCCAACACUUGUGGGCUGCCCCAUGCACAAUCCUUGGUCUAUGUUGUUGUUUAUGCAAAA